CGUCUUACAGGUCAAAGCUAUUUUUCGGCCAGCAGCAACAGUUACACGAGCUCGGUUACUCGUUGGCAGGGUUUAAAUCUCCCAGUUAUUUUAAGGCAAUCAUUCGCAACUAAUUACCGAGUCAUGGAGUCGUCAAAGAUGCGCCCGGCCUCCAAAACGUUGGCGUUUUCCUCAAUAUUUCUCUCCCUUGUUGUCUGCUUUGUAGCACUGGUUCACGUCGAGGUCGAACUUCAUGCUCAUCGACAAAUGCUUAAAGUCUUAAGUCAACAAAGAGCGGACAAAAUUGAACCACGCAAAACUGUUCAAAAUGAGCCGAUCACCUCGUCCUUUCACAGAAACUCUGUUGAAGGUAGGUUGCGUCAUUUCUUAUAUUUUAUAAACUAUUCACUGACUGAGACAUAGCGUCGAGGAUGCGUUGCAUAAAUUUUUUCGUAGGAAGCUAUUUGACCUCGUUUUGUGUUUAUCUUUUGAUAUGAACAAGGUAGGGAACGUCCAUUGACUCCAAUGAAAAGAGCGCUCUAAAUUAGUAAAAGUGCCAAGUUCGAAUGUGAUUUGUUGAAAACUUGCUAACGAAUUCGAAGACAUAGCUCCUCAAUGUCUUUAAGACAUUCAAUGAAUGGUGUACGUAUGGUAUCAAUAUCCAACAACUAGCAGCAGCAACUCAGCAACCCGCAGCAGUUUGAAAAAUAUAACAUUAUUUCCUGAUACUGAAAAAAUUUUGGUUUUUCAUAGUGCGCAAUUUAAGGGAAUCUUUGAUCUUGUAUCCGUUUCAGCUGUUGUGCUAUCGAAAAGACUUAAUUGUCUUUGUCUGAAAGGAUAAAGGAUUGUCAGUUACAUAAGGUCACAUCCGAGAUAGUCAUAUUACCAUCAAGUCAAUACGCAAUAGAAACACUCCCAACUUGUCAUGGCGCAAUGAGAUACUGAUGACCGGAUGAUGAUACGUUUAACAGCAUAAACAACGUAAACAACAUUCUCAACAAAAAAGACUUGGGAAAGGAAACCUCAAAGAGUUUGAUAUCAAAGACAUAGUAGGCCCAGGCAAAGGAACGCGGACGACCAAAGUUCCCCUAACUGAAGACAUGCGAUCAGAUAAAUAGUAUUUAGGGCAGCUCCAAAAUAACCAAACAGGCUUUUAAAGCGUAGGGAAAACUAUUUGAGAGAAUUCUGACGUAUUUGGUCAUUGGGUGCCCCUUAUCAAUUACGUCAGUAAAAAGCGAAAAUGAUUUCUUAAAAACCUGCAACAAAGUAGAGCGUUUUGGGGGUGGCAUUAUAUAUAAUUAGGCCAUUUGCACGAUAACAUAAUUUUACUACUAUGCCCUUGAGGGUAUUGCUUUCUUGUGCAAAUGAGGGCUUUUGUUAUGUAGACCUCACUAGGACUACCAAGUUCAAAUAUGAUGAAAAGGAAAGCGAAAAGGAUUCUGGUCGUAGUAGUACAAUGUAUAAUGUAGCCAUCGUGCAAAGAAAUGGCUAUUAUCCUCCUUAUUUAUUAUUAACAAAGUAUAAACAUCACUGUUUUUUUUUCUUUUCUUUCCUUGUAGUUGGGGGAGUUCACAGUCGCCAGAAACGCAAAAACAAAAAUGUAAAAUACAACUCCAGUGCAACUGUCGGUCACAACGAUCGUGAUGGCAUCAAAAGGGAAGUGCAGCUUGCCCUGAGUAGCCUGGCCUGCACGAUGCAUUGUCCUAGAGGUAUAAGGGGAAGACUUGGCAGGCCUGGUCCCCCAGGUAAGUAUGGUCCACCCGAACCAAGCGGGCCCCAAGGACCUAACGGAAACAAAGGUUCACAAGGAGAUCAGGGGCCACCUGGGCCUGAAGGCGAAGAGGGCCCUCCAGUACCUAAGGGCGAUCCUGGUGAAUCCAUCUCAGCUCCUUCUAUUGUGUCACCUCCGGUAUCCAUGGUGGUAAACGAAACUAAUAUAGCGUCACUGCAGUGUGAGUUUAAAGGAAAUCCAACACCUCAGGUCACGUGGAUGAAACAAAAUUCCAGUCUUCCUUUGAACAAACGAAUUACACAAUCAGGUGGUGGACUGACGAUUCGGAAUGUGACAUCACAAGACGGAGGUGUGUACACCUGUCGGGCUAGAAAUAUUCUUGGAGUCAUGACUUCAUCGGCCACAUUAGCUGUUCAAGGUAAUUUACUUCCCAACCCUAAUGUCCCAGUAGUCUUAGUUCACUGUCAUACAACUAAACAACUAAAAUACUGUUACAGUACUAGCAAUUAAGUAUAUUGCACUUAAGCUUCGAAAGAAGUUCGGGUCCAUCUCUUGGAUAUGCACUUGCUAGAAUAUUUACUUGCACCCCAUGCUACUAGGCCCCAGGGGAUGUCCAGAAAAGAUCGCGGCUAUCUUAAGCGGAAUCUUUGUCGAAAAUCAUGACGCUGUGAGAUUCUGAUUACGAGUAUGACAUUCAACUCCGUCGCUAUCGAAAACCAGCAUUAAAACAAAACUGUAGCCUUAGACUUCACAGGGGCGACGGCCCUACGCUUGUUACAUUCAAUGACCUAAAUUUUUUGUUCACUAGUAUGAAAUUACUCUAUUGCAAGGUUAACUCAAAGAAAACUCCUCAUGGGUGCCUCAAAAUGAUCGGGUGAUAUUCUCUUUCGUGUUUCUUAAUUGCAGUUGCUACCUUGAUCACACAAAAGCCCUCUUCUGUCAUCGUUGAAGAAGGAGAAAACGUAACCCUUGUAUGCAAAGCUACUGGAGUGCCGAUGCCAACGGUUACGUGGCGAAAAGCAUUAGUUAUCGUGCCAAAAGAAAAGACUACAGUGAUCGAUGGGAACAUGAACAUUGUAAGUGUAACGAAGGCAGAUGGUGGGACAUACGCAUGCUCAGCAAAAAAUCUCCUUGGAGAAGACUCUGCUGUCGCACUAGUAGCUGUGAUUGACAGGCUCGCAUUUACCCUGACGCCUCCAAUAAAGUUUGUAGUCCCUCAGUUAGGUAACUUGAUGCUCAAUUGCCAAGCCCAGGGAUCCAUAGAAAUUUCUUGGAAGAGAAAAAACCAAAAUCUUCCUCAGAAUCACGUUAUCUUCCCAAACGGAACUUUAUUUCUAACUCAGGUGACCACAAAUGAUGCUGGUACUUACACAUGUGUAGCUAAAAAUUAUCAACGAACAAUUAAGGCAUCGUCUUUUGUUGAAGUGUCAAAGAACACGUCUUGUAGCAGCAUUAAAUCAGGCCGCAGUGGAAGUUCUUCAGGUUAUUAUGUUAUUGACCCUGAUGGCAAAGGAGGCGUGGCUCCGUUCAGUGUGUAUUGUGACAUGACUGACAAGGCAGGAAUUGGCGUGACAGUCAUAAGUCACGACAGCGAGAGUAGAACAUAUGUCGGUAAUAUCCCUGGAUGCGGGUGGAGUAACCCUGGUUGUUACAGUAAAGAUGUGACUUACAAUGGAGUGAGCACCGCUCAGCUAGCAGCACUCACCCGAGUGUCACAAAACUGUGAACAGUUUAUAAAGUUUGAGUGCAGCAGUGAUGUAGGCUUUGUACAGGAGUCGAUUGCCUGGUGGGUGUCACGUGAUGGAAGGAAAAUGAACUACUGGGGAGGAGCAGGUGGAUCAGCCAACAUGUGCGCAUGCGGAGUUACAAACUCCUGCUCAAAAGGAAGAAAGUGUAAUUGUCACGAUCGUAACAGGGGCUGGAAAGAAGACAGCGGUCUGCUGACGGACAAAUCUGCAUUACCUGUGUCACAGAUCAGACUGGCGGAUUUUGAUGGCUCAGACGAGGAGGGUUAUCAUACUCUAGGGAAACUCAAGUGUUAUGGCCAGGCAUGAGAUUUCUUUAAACAUUUUAAAACACUUUAAUUUUUGUGGUAUUUAAAAGUUAAUUCUUGCAGUUUAACAAGGCAAAGAAAACUGUCGUGAAAACCGACAAACAGUUCCUUUUUUUCGUGCUUCUCUUUAGUGAUAGAGCGCAGAUCACUGACGUCCGAAUGGAAAACUACCCACUGUGACUGGAAUACGUCGAGUUGGUCGGAGAUUCAAGAACAAGUUUAAAAUUGACAGCCAUUUUCCAGGCAGCAGUGUCUGAAUAAAAAAACUUUAAAAUGGGAAAUGUCAGCUGUCUCAUAUUAUUGUAAUUUUGAAAUACCAGGAAGAAAACGUGCCGCUGAUGAAAUAGUUGAAAACGUCCCCACCCUCCCCUCCAUUUCCCGGACUAUUAAAAAAUAUUCACCUCCUAGCGAGUGGAUAAUGUGUGAGCUCUGUGUUUCCCAGGUUUUUAGAGAACGAUCUUUUAAGAGUCGACAAAAUCUGAGGGUUGACUAUUUUUUUAAGACAAGAAAAGACUUCGAAGGAUUCAAAACGGCAUUUUUCCAUUUACUGUAAAUGUGCAUGUUUUCUGCUCAAUGGAUUGUUUACAACUCCCAUUUAUUCGCGUAGAAGAGGCCGUUUCGUGAACUCAGUGUGUCCUAACAAGAAACAUUUGGCCCAAAAAUCGAAGUUUAUUUAUGACAAACAAAUUUGAAAGAAAUUAAUGUUUGCAGAAAUUCUACGUUUCAAGUAAAUAGGAGAAAGAAUGCUACAGGAAGACGACUUCAUACCUCGAGGAACCGAGCAGCCAUUUUUGUCAGCACUUCUUGCGAAGAACGACACAACAAACCUUUUGUGCUAUAACUUGGCUAGUCAACAUAAAACAACAAAGCUCUACUUUUCUUCUCAGGUAAGGAAACAAUUCAAACUCUUAGCAGUUCCAUUUAAGCCAUUACGUACGCUGUUGUUUGCGAAGUAAACUUGUGAAUUGCCAUGUUUGAAAAUUCUGUGAAGAACUAUUUUUAAACUUUCGCGUGAUUUGGUCCGUCAAUCAAAUCGCCCUUUUUAAUGGUUCCUCUCUGAUUUGUUGAGAUCAUUCCGUGUGUAUAUACGAAAACAACGGCAUCGUCAAGGAUAUCCCUGCUGUUGCCGUUUAUCGGCAAGAGCUUGGAUUUUAUUAUUUCAUUUUUUAAAAAACAGCAGAUUAAUGCCUUAUUAGAACAAUACUUUUACUGCAAUAGUUUUCUGGUAUACGUUUGACGUAACGUGAAAAUAAAGUGAAAUGAAGAAACAAAUAAAUAAAUAUAUGAACAAAAGGUGCAGACUGGUACAUAUACAAGGGUUUUAUCCCCUGCUGUAAUUCAAACGGAUUUAAUACGAACUGCUAAGUUUCUUUAGGGGCCCUUUAUAUCAGAAGAUAUACAAUAUUGUUAUCCAAAUCUUACAAAUUUACAUCAAGUGACCUGUCUAGAGUGCUGAAUGCAGGUGAUAGCUCCACGUCUUCGGCAUUCUGAUUGGCUAUAUUUUAGCGGAGUUUACGGUAUAAUGAUAAUUACUUUUGCUUUAGUACCCAGUGUGGUCUCACCCUUCCCGGUAGAAGACGGCUUCCGGGUGUUGUUAACAUAUAAAAAGAUGAAGCUCGGUGUAUUUGUGACACAUCUUAUUUAAGUAACAUAAUCGUAAUCAAUAUGGUUUUAAGUUUAAUUAAGCAGGUUAACAAAAAAGAAAAAGGUCCCCUCAGCAACCUGGAGGACAGUCGAGGCAGGUGUAAAUCAGAAUGCGAAAAUAGGCUCAGAUAACAUCCUUUUGAACAAUAGCAGUUGUUCAAAAGUUUGUUCAUAGCGCUUUCCACCGGAUAAAUCACUAUCCAACGGAUAAGUUUUAGGGAAACCAAUCACGCUAUCCAGUGGAUAGUGAUUUAUUCAACGUGGAUAGCGUUAUCCAACUUUUGAACAACUGGGUCCAGGUAUAUAAAAGGUUAGGGAUGUUGAAGUUUACGAAUGAAGAGAGAAAAACCGUCAUUUCGGUCUGUAAAAGGACAUAAACGGGCUAACGGACGCAUCUUGGCCUGUCAAAAGGACAACUUGCAUUUACAAUAGUUAGGGAUGUGCAGUGUUCUUGCUUGGUAUAAAAAGGGGUCCUUAUUUCUGUCAGCGUUAAGAAUGGCAUAUAAAAUUAAAGAUGAAGAGAUCGGACCCUGGGGAGGAACUUCCCUGUAAAUAACUUCGUUGAGAGCCCCACGUGAUUUUGAUUUACCUCUAGAUUGAGCUUCACGCCCAUCGAAUUCACAGACUCAACGUAACAGAGAGAAAAAAAUACCUAACAUUAACUCGCACUGUGGCCGUCAUAUAAACCGAUUGCUUUUAACUGUUGCUUAGCA